AUUGAGCAGGGUUUUGUUACAAAAGCAGUUUUUGAAAUGCUAAGAAACAUAUUUAGGACGGUGUACAAUAAGCAAAAGUUUCUGUGUCGAUAUUAUGUUCGGAAGGCGAGAAAUCCUGGAAUCGACCGACGUGCUGUGUUACUGCCGGAAGAUGCAAAAUCCGCAGAGUACGAGAACCUGGAUGACAUCGAGCCCGAUUUCCACCAAGUCCACAAAAGCCACAGACAGUAUGAGGCAGAACAGGCGCAGUACAGGGAUCGCCUACAAACGUGGAUCGUCGGUAAUAAGUAUUUUAAAACAAAACAGUUAAACUUUUUGACAUGGUCCGAGAAGGAGCAGAUCCGUUAUCUACAUGCGUUUGAUCCGGAAGAGUGGAGCAUCGAUAAACUAACGGAGAGUUUCCCGGCGGACCGGUAUACUAUUGCGAAAAUCGUUAAAACCAAAUGGCAACCGAAGGAUAACAAACGGAUGGAGCGGCACGAUGCAGCGGUGAAGGAAAAUUGGCAAAUGUUCCGCAGCGGACGCAUACAAAAUAUCGAUCCGGGCUUUGCGCAGCAUUUGAAUAAAUUCGUCCAGCGUAACGUUGACAAUGCAGGGAAACUGAAAAUGAAAAUAGCAUCGAAACGGCUGUAUGAGAUCAGACCACUACCGGAGGGUGAAUUCAGCGCAAUUGUGACGAGCUGUAAAAAGUAUCAAAAUAGCGGGCAGUUAACUGAUUCAGAGCAGGAGCUUCUCAUGGACGGAAGCGAAGAACUAGGAAGCAAAGAACUGUUAAUUUCACCUAACGCACCGAAGCAGGAUACAUUUCUGAUUGGUGAAAUUGAACAUAAACAGCACAUAACCAUUUCGGAAAUGAAAAAAAAAGAAGGAGCCGAAACAAAUCGUAAUGUUAAAUUUGUUGACGAUCAUGCACAGCUUGAUUUGGGGAAAGGGAUCGUGGAUAAGCUCGUAAACAUGAAUGAACAAAACCUCGUGCCGGCAUUUGCUGACUCUUCAUAUGACUUGAGAGACAAAACAAAGGAAGACAUUAAAGAGUAUAUCCGAAUUCCUAAAAAGUUGUUCAAAAAAGGUGCCACUUAUCAGUUAGACGAUUGUUUUUACGACGACGAUGGAGAGUUCCUAUAUCGCGUGCCUGGUAUGACUAGACUUAGAAAGCAUUGAAUUGAAAAUAAAAAUAUUAAAAAUUAGUA